AUGGAAGAUCACAAUGACCCCUUGGUCCUUACCUUACCAGUGGCAGGGUGCAAUAUCAAGAAGAUCCUCAUUGAUGGAGGAAGUUCAGUUAACGUUCUAUUCUACGACACAUUCAAGCGAAUGGAGCUUAACGAUAAACAACUGAUGUCUUCGUAUUAUACCAUCUACGGAUUCAAUGGGGCACCUACAAAGCCAUCAGGAGACAUUGUUUUGCAAGUGGACGCAAGACCAAUGAUAGUUGAUACUCGAUUCAGUGUAGUGGACACUCCUUCCCCCUAUAACGCCAUCAUUGGCCGAAGAUGGGUGCACAAGCUCAAGGGAGCGGCAACGACCUUGUGA